AUGGCAGACCUUCCUGCCGUUCGCACACGAGGUCUCUGCAUUAAUAACCCAUUCCUUAUCUUCUCGAUGGAAGUGGGAUUUGUGGACAGGAUUGCCAUCCCGGUGUCUGAUUUCAACAUCAACAUCACAGCAAGAGUUUCAUUCCUAAUGGCCCGCAACGUCGAUUGCAAGGUCUCUGCUUGUCUGCGAUCAUCCACCAUGUCAGCAGUCAACCCAGUUCGCGGAGCAGGAUCGCAGUUGACAAUCAGGGACAGACAGCGCAGGAUUUCUUCUCGGGCUCAUUGCCCAAGCAUCAUCCGGGGGAAAUUCCUCCUCCUCAAUCUCGAUCUCUGGGUGAUCGCGAGGGAGAAGGAUGGAAGCACUGAGUUCUCAACGGGCCAGACGUGGACGCAUGGCCCUGGAUUUUCGGUCGUGUUCAGUAUCCGAUAUUGA